AUGAUGAUCAACGACACCAUAGCGUUGGACACGAAUACUUCGGGUCACAACCACAGCGCACUCCCCACUCUGAAGCUGGAAUCCCGCUCACUGGUGACCUCGGCCACCAUGUUCGCCGUGGGCGUCCUGGGGAACCUGAUCGCCAUUGUGGUGCUGUGCGUCUCCAAAAAGGAGCAGAAAGAAACCACCUUCUACACGCUGGUGUGCGGCAUGGCCAUCACGGACCUUGUAGGGACGUGCUUCACCAGCCCGGUGGUGAUCGCGACCUACGUGGCAAGCGAGUGGCCCGGCGGGGCUCUGUUGUGUCACUUCUUCUCCUUCUCCAUGCUCUUCUUCGGCUCGGCCGGCAUGUCCAUCCUGUGCGCCAUGGCAGUGGAGCGCUACCUGGCCAUUAAUCACGCGUACUUUUACUCCCAGCACAUAGACAAAACCAUGGCCCGCUUCGCUCUUCUGGCGGUCUACUUGGCCAACAUGGUUCUGUGCGUCAUGCCCAGUUUCGGCUUCGGCCAGCACGUUCGCCACUUCCCGGGGACUUGGUGCUUCCUAGACUGGAGGGCGACGGAUCCCCUGGGUGCAUGCUACUCGUUGGUCUACGGCGGAGUGAUGCUGGUGCUCAUCGCCGUCACGGUGCUGUGCAACCUAGCCGUGUGCAAGUCGCUGGUGAGCAUGAACCAGAGGACCGGGAUCGUCCGGGCCGAGGCGUGUGAGCAGGGCGGAUCCAGGAGACGCUUUCCCCGGUUGCAGUCGGUGUCAUCGGCGGCGGAGAUUCAAAUGUUCUGGCUGCUCGUUUUCAUGACCAUCGUUUUCUUGGUCUGCUCCAUCCCUCUAGUGGUGAGAAUCUUCGUGAAUCAGCUUUACGACCCUGCUUAUAUUUCCGCCGGAGGAAAGCCCGACUACCGCAGCGACCUCUUGGCCAUCCGUUUCGCUUCCUUCAACCCCAUUUUGGACCCGUGGGUCUACAUCCUGUGCCGAAAGAACCUGCUCCUGAAGGGCUGCGGUAAACUGAAGCGGGCAGCGACUCGCAUGAAACAAAGCGAUGGCGACCAAAUAGGCUGGGUCGGAGGUCAGGACUCCCCUCCGUCUUUCAACACCAACGACACCAGCUACGCGUCGAUAAGCAGGAAAGACUUGGUGGAACGGCGAGUGCCCGCUGUGGACACACCGUCCUUCACCAAUUUCUCCACGAGACACGCGUGGGACUAUGACACUGCUCGGGUCAACUUCCACCCGUUCAGUGUGGAGGCCAGCACCGUUCCCGGAGGCGAGGACCAAGUCCAGGCGAUUCAGGAGCUGGGGGAUUCACUGAAGGCCUCACCAAGACACCUCGCUUCCGUGCAUGUCAAGAAAGGCGAGAUGGUUACAUGCACGUUCAGCCCACCGAGUUCCUGUCAGUCACUAAAAUGCCUCUAA